UCAAAUAUUAUUUCUAUUAUUUAAUAAAUUAAAAAUUUAUGAUUAAACAACUAACAAACUAGUUUGCAUCCAUUUUCUCUGUAUAUCGGAUUGAUCAUAAACAUAGUAUGUGUACAAUCUCUCGACUGAAUAUGAAAUUUGUUCCAUCAGAAUCCUUAGGCGGAAGGGUAUCAAUCCCAUCGCUAGGGCCUGCUCCAGGUUCUCCUGCGUCUCGGUUGGACUCCCAUUGGCCGGUUCCAUCGGACUCUGUCGCACCGUAGUCGGGCCAGGAGCGAGGCAGUCGGCGCACAGCAUCCAGCAGCAGCGCUACUAGCGGCAGCCGAACGGAAAGACUCCCAGGCAAGUCGUGGCCGGUUACUUGUGUGCUCGCGUGCGUGUAGACUAUGCGUGUGCUUCGGCUGCGUGGGUGUGCGCCGAGGUAGCCUACCUGGCGGCGUCCAACACGCAGUAAACCGCGCGCUCCUUCGUAUCCACAAUCGUGAAACUGAAGGGACGGGUGUCGCGUCUCUAUACUCACCAAUCGCGAUUUUAUAACUUUUCCGUAUUAACUUCGCCUCGAGGGCCAAGUGUUGCGUCAAGAUUUCUCUUGAAGGAGAGUAGUGUUUCUCGUUAGGGUGUCGUUGAAGAGUUUGUUCGAACAGUUUUCACGAGUAUGUACGGAUUCUUAAACUCGUGUAUCCCUCUCGUCAAGUUGUUUCACAAGUGUAUCGUGUAUGUGUGAUUACGCGAGUGCUAGUGGAUGGUUUCGCGAUAAAACGACCGAAAUACGAUCAGUGGUAUCGUUCGUGAAAGCGACUCGAUGUAGCCUGUACUGGUGUCGCGACGAAUGCUUCUGCCAGCGAUCGUUGAACAGGAUCAUACGUCGGAGAUGCGACGGUGGACCGAUAUCGGUGGAGAGUAAACGCGAGAUCGGGAAGUGUUCUCGACGGCCGACGUUUCCCUGGUGUCAUCGGUAUGCCGACGGACAUCGUGGCGUCGUCGGCCUCGGCCUCGGCCACGGUUACGGAGGAGACGAGCAGGGGUCGAGAGCUGGGCCUUGGGCCAUCACCAAGGUCGGCUCCCUCUUCGGCGAGCGCAUCAUCCUCAGGAUCAGCGGCGCAAUCGACCUCGAGAGGAUUCGACCCGUCUAGCGCUCUGGCCGCUUAUCACCAUCAUCGACACGGUUUAGUCGCUGGAUUAGGCCACCCUCAUCAUCGCGAAUCUUCUGCAUUUGUGCCCGUGGUACCUUCCAGGUUACACUUGGCACCAUACCCAGGCGACAUGCAUCCUCAUCUGACCGGUCCUCCACCGUCCUCGUCGACCACGUCGAAUCCGGACCACGAGGUCGGUGCAGAACCAUCCGUCGCGAGAAAAUCCUCGUCCAGUUACGAGAUCAUGGCUAUGAUGGCAGACAAGCGAAAGGAGUUGGCGGCAAGGGCUCUCUUGCUUCCUCCACCACCUUUGCUCGAACCACCGCCUGGUUAUCCGGUAUUCGCUGGCCCUUUUCCGACUGGGUCGGCACUCUAUCCACCUGGUGGACCCCUCGCGCAUCAACACUUGGAUAGGAGAUUACUCAGAGCGCCAGGAAGAGCAUCCAGGCCUAAGAAACAGUUUAUCUGUAAAUUCUGUAAUAGGCAGUUUACGAAAUCGUAUAAUUUGUUGAUACAUGAAAGGACGCAUACGGAUGAGAGACCGUAUUCUUGUGACAUUUGUGGCAAGGCUUUUAGAAGGCAGGAUCACCUUCGAGAUCAUAGGUAUAUCCACAGCAAAGAGAAGCCCUUCAAAUGCGGCGAGUGCGGCAAGGGUUUCUGUCAGAGCCGUACCCUGGCCGUACACAAAAUUCUCCACAUGGAGGAAUCGCCCCACAAAUGUCCCGUGUGCGCUCGAAGCUUUAACCAACGCAGCAAUUUGAAAACCCACCUCCUCACGCACACAGAUCACAAGCCAUACGAGUGUACCUCUUGUGGCAAGGUGUUCCGCCGAAAUUGCGACCUAAGGAGACACGCGUUGACGCAUGCAGUCGGUGAUGUGCCACCAGAGGCGCUUGAGGAGGCGCUCAGAGACGACGACAGUCCAGAAGAGGAUUGUCCGGAGCCUGGCUCGUCGUCCUCGGCGUCCACUACCAGUUCAACGUUACCAUCCUCAGGGACGAACGCUUCUUACCCUUCUCAAGCCUCGUCGGGACCACCGCAACCGCCUCCACCUCCAACUUCAGCAUCCACUCUUCCUCAGAGACCUCAACUACAAAUCAGAAGAGAUCUACUCCCAACUACCGUGAAACCGUCCACUGUGACCAGCAGUGGAAGUGGCGGCCAUUCCGUCACUCAGAAUCCUCCAGGCGCAUUACCACCCCCGCCCCCGUUAAUCCUAACUUCCUACAGACGAAGAAUAGGUUCGCCAGGGCCGUCCAGGGUGCUCCUGGAACUGCAAGAACGCGAGAGGGAGCGAGAACGUGACAUCGAGCAAAGCAGAGAGAGGGAGCGCGAGAGGGAAAGGGAGGAGGAGGUAUCACGACCACCCAGAGCACCCACCCCUCAACCACCACCCCCACCCAGACCUGCUCCUGCCAGGCAAGGAUUCACUAUAGCGGAUAUUAUGCGUCGGUAGAGGGGCAAUCUGUUUUACCGGUGAAUACCAAAUGAUCGUCUGCUGUGAAAUUCGAUUGGGUACACGUAGGACUGUUUUUAUUGGGUCGUAAGUGAGAUCGUUAUUUGGACGUCAUUUGGAAUAUGGUUCAAGUGAUCGAUUAUUUUCUGAAAGGAACUAUUUUCGUAGUUUGGAUGCGGGAGGUGAAAGUGGAUAGGAUUUAUACGUGUGAAAUUUUUUUUUUUUGUUACUGCAAUUCUGGAAGGACGAUGACACAAUUACCGAGCCAUCGGUAUUAUAUCGUUGAAGUAAAAAUAAGACAAAUUGGGAUAAUUGUAAUCGAUUCAAAGUUUGUUUUAUAGCUGUGCCAUUAUUCUUCCAGACAUGUUGAUAUUCCCUUCAUUUGAAAGAAUUCAUAAUAAAUUUGUUACAUUUUUUUUUAUUAUUUCUCUUAUUAUAAAAAUAAAUAAAUUCUGUAAUUAUUUAACACUUUUGCUGCUACUCGUUUAAUUACUUUUAGAAAAAACACUUAUUUUUUGUAAAAGUUAUUUUUUUUUAUAUCCAAAUUUGAUCUUAAUUAGUUAACAAAGUUGGAAAAAAAAAAUUAAAUUUCAAUAGCAGUAAAAGUGUCAAAUCUUUUUUUUUAUGGAAUUAUCACGUGAGAAUCGUUUUUACAAUGAUAGAAAUAUCGUCACGAAAGUGAAAUAAUACUAUUUUUUCAAUUCUAUUUUGAAGCAACUAUCUAUGAUAUACGUAGAAUUCUCGUGCUCAAUAAGUGUCCAUCAAGAGAUUAAAAAUUUUAAAAGCAUUGUAACGGACUGUGGUGUUGUUUACUUUAUUAAGUUGGAAAUAUAUAAUUUGUAUUUUUUUUUAUUACAAAAUGAAUAUUAUUUUACUUUAAUUGUUAAAUAUUCGGUAUUUUUUUAAUAGACAAAAAAAAUUAGCAAAUAGAUAUUGUAUUAAAAAUAGUAGAUUUAAUGUUUAUCGUAUUUUUAUUUGUUAUUAAGAAUGUUUAUUUAGAAAAGAGCGUUUAUAAUUGUUAUACGUGUCAAAGUAUUAAAAAAUAUAUUGGAAAUUUAUCGAGUUAUCGGUUUACAGGAAAAGUGCAAAAAAAAAAAUUAUAUUAUUUUAAUUCUUAUUAAUUAUAAUGUAAAAAUUUCAAUAUUUCUAUUACCUGAUAUAUUCAAUCGUGACUGAAAUGUGAUGAAAAGAAUCGUGACAAUAUUUUUACCGUUGUUCGACACGAUUUUAAAUAAUAUUGGCAACUAAAGCGAAUUUUUAUUUAUAGAUACAAUAAAAGUUGAAUAGUAUAGGAAAACGACGAUCCAAAUUGGAUCCAAUAUUUAUGGUGUAAUAGAGUCGAAAUUUAAUUCUGGCUCGAUCGAAAGGCUCCAGUGCCAAGAUACUUUGUAUUUUGUCAAACACAGAAAAGAAUAAUCAAUGAUAAUAGAUCGAUGAUAGAUUAUUCUUACAGUUAUUCAACUUUAAUUGUACUAUAAUACGACGAAUAAGGAGAAAUAAGGAUAAGGGAAAAAAUACGAAGAAAAGAGUACAACAAGUGAAGAGAGCGUUAAUUUCGAUGAGAAUUUUAUUGUAUUAGUGCAUUGAGAGCACGUAUUUGUACAUAGAACUAUGAGAUCCAGUUAACAAUGAAACUUUUAUCUCACAUGUUGCGAAUGAAUAAAAACUUUGUACUUUUAUAUAGUUCAUCACUAGAUAAAUAUUCUGUGUAUUAUUUACUGAAAUCGUAGGGAAAUUUAUUUAACGGAUACAUCAAUAUGUUUUGUAAUUAUAUAACAUAUCGAUCUUAUGAGUGUCCUUGAAUUAAGAUGACUGAAAAAAAAAAAAAAGAAAAAAAAAGUAGGUAUCAAUUAACUAUCUGUAAAUUAGUUAAAAAAGCAAUAUUUUCUAAUCUUGCUAAAUACACGAAAUCUUGAAGAAACUUUGGAAAUCAUCGAAAAAUUUCUGGUUACAAUUUUUUUUUUUUUUUUGAUACAUCUAUUUAUCUAUUCCACAAUUGUCACAAUCACGACGUAAAAAUUCUUAAUUCAAAUUCAAAAUGAACAUCUGAAGAAAAUUACGAAGCGAAGUGUCGAAUGACUUAUGAACACGAGGAUGUAUAGAAAUCCUACAAGAGCAACGUUCUUCGAACAGACAACGAAAUGAAUGUACAAUAUAAAAUGUGCCUAAUUAUUAUACGCUUUACGAGGGGGAAAUUCGCGACAAAAAUCGGAAUAUAACACGGGAGAAUUGGAAUGGAGAGAAUCGUGUUUCGAUAGAAAGAGAAAUUUAAGCGCGAAUAAAAAAAAAAAGAUGGAUAAUCCGCAACGAUCCGAGGAGAGGAUGAUGUAAAUUUCCUGGGCACAGGAGGAACCUGUGCCACCGUUGCCACAGGUGACAGGUGCAAUAAGAUAUCGAAGCUACUUGGUUUAGGUGGUACCUGCUCUCUUCUAAAAAUAUUUCUGACCCUAGACCGUUCCCUUUUUUACUCUUUUUUUUUUUUUUUUUCUUCCACUCUUCGAGGAUCAUUAAGGGUCCUUUUGUGAUCGAGAAUGCAACGUCUGACCGCAACGGUGAUCCCCCAUCGGUUUUACUACCGGUCGAAACGCGUUUCUUCUCGAGGAGGAAUUGUCCGUGGAAUUCGUUCGCCGAGAUCGCUUCUUCGUCGACUUUAAUCAUGGUUUAACCUUUUAUGUUCCAACUCCUCGUGUUUUAUGGAGAGGAGUUUUUAUGGAUGAUGAUUUCUCGAAAAGGGAUAAGGAUUACAGGAGUAUAGUGCAACGAAAUAAUAUUGAAAUCGAAUGAAUAUUUUUGUGCUACCUUAAGAUAUAAAAAGAAGUUUUUCUUAAUUUUUCUGUAAAAAAAAUUGGAAGAGAAAGAAAUGAGAAUGAAAUAGUUUAGUAUAUAAAAUUGGAUAAGAAUGAAAGGUUUAUUUUCCUUGAAUAAUAAAAAGAAAAAACUUGAAAAAAAGAAUAGGAAGAUUAAUUUUUUCCAUUUCCAUUCUAACGAAAAAAAUAUUUGCAUACGGUAAUUAUAGUUAUUAUCGACGUAAAGAGGCGUCUCAUCAGGAAGUAACAGACAUUUGCAAACAAUAAUAGUUAAAUAUUCUGAUGAGAAUAAAAUGAGAGCUAUUGUAAUGUUGUAAUUUUUAUUUCGAGAUACACGUUAAGAUAGGAAUGAAAUUGCCUAUGUGUAUAAGCGUGAAAAUGAUGGAAAAAGAGAGAAUGUGUACGUAUGCGUGAAAGUAUGCGUGGAAAAAAGUGAGAGAGAAAAAGAGAGAGAGUGUUGAAGAGAAAAAUUAAAAUAUUUUGUACUAUUUUUUAACAUAUUUGCUGUAUAGUUAUAUAUGGAAACGUACAAUGUACUAUGUACAACGAACGCCGUUUUGCAGGAUGAAUUAAAAAUUCGCAAACGGUUCAAAAAUGUCCUGUUAUUAUCUAUGUUAUUAGUUUACGUCAUGCACGACUACCUAUAUUUUUAGAUUUAUACGAGAGUUAAGCAAGUUUGUAAAUUAUAUUAAGAAAAAUGAAAUAAAACAUAUUAAAAAACA